AUAUGGUUUCACUCAUAGACAUGGUCUCACUCGUAACAAGUUAAUCGACCGCGAACCGUUGGAUCUCGAUAAAGAUCGAUUAACCGGCGUAUCGAUCACGAAGAGGUUAAACGUGCCCGGUGGAAGACCCUGGAAGAAAAAGAGAGAAGGAUAAGACAUCUUGUCUUACCUGAGGGACGAUCGAGAGAGGAGCAUCAUGUGGGAUGGAAAACUAGGUUAAAUGUUCGGCAAGAAAGCGUCCGAACACGGGCAAGAUCCGUUCGAUGGAACGGACACGAAGCAGCGAGAUCGCAGGUUAGCCGUUGGAUAAACGAAAGUGCAUUGGCGCGAAUAGACGGGUGUUAACGCGCACGCGAGAGAGAGAGGAGGGCCGGGGGGGAUAGCGAAAGGGAGAAAAGUGUAAUGCAACGCGCACACUCUCACACGCACGUCUUCCCAGUUUCCCCCUUCCAUCCAGAGAACCUGGGCCGCUAUAUACAUGACAUACACAAAGAGGUGUCCCAGAGGACGGAGAACCACCGUCCGCCGAUAUAUUAUCGUGUCGUCGUCGUUCCGUGGUACCACACACACUUUCGUAUUUAUCGAGUAGAAGAAGGGGAGGAAAGGCCACGGAACGUGUACCUUCGGGCCAGUGCGUUCCGAGAUUUCGCGGUGAGAGGACAGCGAGCGAACCGUAUUUCAACGAAGGGUCCCUCUCUGCUCGCGUUUCCAUCACUGGUUUAAUCGUCGCGAUCCAUCAGUGUGCACCUCGACCGUCUUCCAUCUUUUUUUUACUCCGUCCUCCGCCGACCGUAGUUGUUUUUUCGUCUAUCGUGAGCUGCUCGUGGAAAGGAGCAAGAGGAUUCUCAACCAGGGGUUACUAUUCCGUGUGGUGGCGCGAACCCAACCAACCCUCGGCAUGGCUUCGACGAUCAAGCUGCUGUUUGUCGCUUGCACUCUGCUCGUCUGCAUGGCUGCGGCGGAAUCGGACGAAGGACAGAGCGGAAGAUCCCGGGUCUCGGACGAACAACUAAACGUGGCCUUGAGCGAUCAGCGUUACUUGAGGAGACAGCUUAAGUGCGCCCUGGGAGAGGCUCCAUGCGAUCCGGUUGGAAGACGUUUAAAAAGUUUAGCACCGCUGGUUUUGAGAGGCUCCUGCCCGCAAUGUAGCCCCGAGGAGACACGACAGAUCAAGAAGGUCCUCUCGCACAUCCAACGUACCUACCCGAAGGAAUGGUCGAAGAUAGUCCAGCAGUACGCCGGAGUUUCGUAAGACGUGGCGAUAUAAUGGGGCUGAGAGGGGGGGGCAGCUGGAGGGGUGAAAACGACGAUGCCGGGAUAUUAUGUGGGAUAAGAAGAAAAAAUGGGGGAAAGAGAGAAGGAUCUGUUUAUCCAUGGGUGUGUCGACUGAUGCGGGACGUCUGGCAUCGACGUUAUUUUGUUACGAGCGUUUGAUUGAUGAAAAGAAAAAGCACGAAAAUGUUAUUAUUCUAAGUUUUGAA